AUGAAGGAGGAGGAGGAGGAAGAGGAGAAGACGCACACUUGGUACCCUGGCCUAGAGAAAUACUCCCCUCUCCCUGUCUCCCAAUUUUUGAGACUCUCUGCCUCUGUUUCUCAGAAGACUAUGCUCCCCAUGAAGCCGGUGUGCGUCUUUCUUCUCGCUUGUGCUCUCCACCUCAGCCGUGCCUGGUCAGUGAACAAUUUUCUGAUGACCGGCCCAAAGGCUUACCUCGUCUACUCCAGCAGUGUGGCAGCUGGCGCCCAGAGUGGUAUUGAAGAAUGUAAAUACCAGUUUGCUUGGGACCGCUGGAACUGCCCUGAGAGAGCUCUGCAGCUGUCCAGCCACGGUGGACUCCGCAGUGCUAACCGGGAGACAGCGUUUGUACACGCCAUCAGCUCUGCUGGAGUCAUGUACACCCUGACGAGAAACUGCAGCCUUGGAGAUUUUGACAACUGUGGCUGUGAUGACUCCCGAAAUGGACAACUGGGAGGGCAAGGUUGGCUCUGGGGAGGCUGCAGUGACAACGUGGGCUUCGGAGAGGCAAUUUCCAAGCAGUUUGUGGAUGCCCUGGAGACAGGACAGGAUGCCCGGGCAGCCAUGAAUCUGCACAACAAUGAGGCUGGCCGCAAGGCGGUCAAGGGCACCAUGAAACGCACGUGCAAGUGCCACGGCGUGUCUGGCAGUUGCACCACGCAGACCUGCUGGUUGCAGCUGCCGGAGUUCCGGGAGGUAGGCGCGCACCUGAAGGAGAAGUAUCACGCGGCGCUCAAGGUGGACCUGCUCCAGGGCGCGGGCAACAGCGCGGCGGGCCGUGGCGCCAUCGCCGACACCUUCCGCUCCAUCUCCACGCGCGAGCUGGUGCACCUAGAGGACUCCCCGGACUACUGCCUGGAGAACAAGACCCUGGGGCUGCAAGGCACCGAGGGCCGAGAGUGUCUGCGGCGCGGGCGUGCCCUGGGCCGCUGGGAGCGGCGCAGCUGUCGCCGGCUGUGCGGAGACUGCGGGCUGGCGGUGGAGGAGCGCCGCACCGAGACGGUGUCCAGCUGCAACUGCAAGUUUCACUGGUGCUGCGCGGUCCGCUGCGAGCAGUGCCGCCGGCGGGUCACCAAGUACUUCUGCAGCCGUGCCGAGAGGCCGCCGAGAGGCGCUGCGCACAAACCUGGGAAGAAACCCUAAGGGUCUCCUCCUGCUUCUUUCCCUGUUCGUCCCCGGAAAUAGAGGGACCCAGAUUGGGGACCUCGCACUCCCUAGCCCAGCGAUCCUGACAGGCAGAGGCCGCGGUCUCCACUGAGUGCCACUUCUAAACUGUUCCUCGACUCCUCUGUAUGGUCUUCGUAGUUCACUCUUAGGUCUCAAAUUGUUCUAAAAUUCUGCACAGUUCCUGAGAAAAGGACGAAAACAGGCGAUUCUCCUCACCUCACCCUACCCUACCCUACCCCGGACCCGAGCUGUCUUAAUGCUGGACCUAGUUUACCGGGCCGGGACAAGGAAAGAACCCUCUCAGACACGAAGAGUCCAGGUAAAGACAAUGGCCCUUCUGCCCACCUCAGCUGCACCUCCCUCCCAGGAGCCAGAGCCUCUAGGGCCUACAGUCUAGACGUAGAUCCCCUGAGGUUGACGCCUCAGGAAUCUAACACUUUGUCUUCCCAUUUCCCUACUUGCCUGGAAAAAAAAAAACAAACAAACAAAAAUGCUGGGAACAAGAAAGCAUCUGAAUAUGGGGACGAGGGAACCCCAGAGCUCCCGUCACUGAUGGACUUCAUCAGCUGAGCAGUGAGUGACCUUCCUAAACACCAAAGAAGCUCCAGGCACACCCAGAAGGUCUGGGUGGUAGAGGUCGGCAGUGGGCAGGUUGGCGAAACUGUCCUGGCCACAGCAGUCAUCUGUGCCUUGUCUCCUUCUCCAAAGGAGCUGAGACACUGAGCCAAGACACCCUUUGGGUCUGUACCUGGAAAGGCAGGGCCUAGGGAGGAGGAGCCCUGCCCCAUCACCUGGUUCUCAAACGGGCAGGAUUCAGAACCUUGGAUGCUUUCCUGGAUAAGUAAUCCCCCUGCUAUGAAAUUGUUGCUAAUAGGAUGUUCAGAACCCUUGACCUUUUAAUUUAUUUCAGUCUCUGAUAUGUGCCCCUUCCCCCAAAUCCUGAACUCUCUGGGAUGGUGAGGGGAAGGCAAAGUUGAAACUUAACUUCUAAGCUCUCUCUCCUUCCUCCCACUUUGGCAGGAUACCAUCUCCCUGGAGCCUCCCCUGAUGGCCUAAGUAGUUAGCUUGAUUUGACUGAGGUUAAUCUGCCAGGGAUUAGUAAAUCACCCACGUAAACCUUCCACUAAUGCAUUCACUUGGAAGCCAUGAGCUUGCUGCUUCUGGAUCUGAGGUUCUUUUCUCGGAGAAGGGCAGUCUAGCAGGGGCUUUUUUAUGAGAUAGGGACUUGGCAACAGGAGAGGCAGUUCAGCCCAGACCUUCCCCAUAGCUGCUCCCACCCUAGGCUAGUCUGGGUGUGGGCAGCCACAACAUUUCUGGAGCAGAGCCAGCCACAUUCUUUACUUCAUCCCCUUCUCCAAAAGGAAGCACAGAGCUCGCAGCGCCAAAGCCCCCCCCCGGGGCUGCCCUGAAAAGUAGAGACUGCCUCUGGCACUGACCAAGUCAGACCGCUAUGCAACUUCUGGUCCUAUCAACACUUAAUUGGGGGCAUUUUUCUCUUUUUUAACAGGGCAUCCACUUCUCUUGCAGCUCUAUCAGUAAAAGGCCCUUUUUUUCUUCCUCAGUUUUUAUCUGUGCCUUCUUAGUCUCCCAAGUUAUCCUUUCUUUUCCCAAAUCAAGCAACAGUAUAGUUAAUCCCACCGUCUCACCCAACGGUUACUCGUACAGAAGAAAGCUGGCAAUGUGACUGAAAACUAUAAAGACUCGGUGUUGGAAAGUGAACCUGCAUUUCCCAGAGCGCUCAGCAUGAAGUAGAAGCACUGUGCUUCAAAGUUCAGAACUUAAAAGUCAGACUCUAAACUCUAAACACUCAUUUCUUUCAUUGGUUGCUUUGUAUUCGCAAGCGGGUAUGACUGACAUCCAGGACAUUCAGUUCUAUAAAGAAAUACUGCUCCCCUUACACUCCACCUUCAUGCACUGUUCAUGCAGAGGACACUCGAGUGGAGACAGCUAAAAACACCAGCAGCAUCCCUCAGUUCAAGGCUUCUUGGCUUCACUAAAUCUCUGUGGCUCUGCAGACAACUCUAGACUGCUACUGGGAAGGCUAGGCAGCUCUGAAGUCAGCUAGUCAAAUUUUCCUCUACACAUUUGAACUGACGGUGAGAAGCCCAGCAGGCUUGUAAGUUAGUAUGGGGUGGCACAGUACCCAGGCCCCUUCCCUCCUCUGUGCUCUCAAGGAGCCCAUCUGUCUCGCUCUGAGGACAGGAGUAGAGGAGGCCUUGAGAGAACACUGCGUGGGGUGAGCAAAACACUGUCUCUUUCCUGCCCCUGGCCUGUGAACCUACACAUAAGCGGGCUUUCUUUUCUUUAAAAGAAUCCCAGCCUCACUUGGCCUUAGGAGCAGGUCAGUGCAAAGAGAGAAAGGGUCGUCCUUGGCAAGCUG